GAAAAAAAAUGAAAAAAUAGAAGUCUCAGAAAAAAUAUUUAUGAUAUAAUGUUAAGUGAAAUAUACAUAGAAGUUACAAACAAGGAUAUAUGGUAUGCUGUCAUUUAUAUAUAGAUAAAAAGUAUAAAUAGAUUUCUAUGUUUAUAUAUACAAAAACUAUCUCUGAAGGGUGCAUAAAUUGGUAACAUGUUUGCCUUUGAGGAGAGGACCAGAAACUGGAAGUCGGAGUGGAAAGCACUAUAAACCUUUACAUAUUAUUUAUUUUUUAAGUAAAAAUUAAAAUAAUGCCAACUACAGAUGGUGAUAAGAUAAUGCUUGCAAAUAGUAAAAGUUUGAAUUAUUUUCAACAUAUGUAUUACCAUUUAUUUAUUUGUUUGUUUGUUUAUUAAAGGAGAUAGAAGUUUAUUGAAUACACUGCAAGGGAGAGGUAGGCAGGACAGCAAAGGAGAGGCUGUCUGCCCGUAUUACCUUUAAAAUCAACAAAUAAUAAGAUAUAAUUUAAAAACAGAUGGUACUUUGUUGCAUAAGAAAGUAACGGAGGAAAAAAAGGCAAGGGCACCUGGGUGGCUUAGUCAGUUGAGUGUCUGACUUUUAAUUUUGGCUCAGAUAAUGAUCCCUGGGUCGUGGGAUCUAGCCCACAGAGGAUCUAGGCCUUUGUGCUGAAUGUGGAGCCUGCUUAAGAUUCCCUCUCUUUCUCUCUCUCUCCCCCUCUCUCCCUCCCUCUCUCCCUCCCUCUUCCCCUCUGCCCCACUCAUGUGCACUCUCUCUCUCUCUCUAAAAAAGAAAGAAAGAAAGAAAAGAAUAAAGAAAAUAAGGGAGAGAAUACACUUAACUGUUAAUGAUGGCUGUUUCUGAGUAGAUGGGGUAUCUUACAAUGUAAAACUUUCUGUUUUACACUCUUGUGUUCUUUUCUUUUUUCUUUUUAUUUAUAUAUUUAUUUAUUUUGAGAGAGUGCAAGCAUGAGCUGGGAAGGAGCAGAGAGAGAGGAAGAGAGAGAGAAUCCCAAGCAGGCUCUGUGCUGCAAGUACAGAACCUGACUUGGGGCUCGAACUUACAAAUCAUGAGAUCAUGACCUGAGCUGAAUGAAAUCAAGAGUCAGACGCUUAACUGAACUGCUCAGGCACCCCUCUUGUGUUCUUUUCUAAUUUUUUAUAGUGAAUUUAUACUUUCAAAGCAAAAAUUCUGUCUUGUAAACAAACAAUAAUGACUGGCAGCAGAGUGGAGGAUGGUGUGAGGUUGUUGUGGUUGCUUCCCUUGUUUUAGGUAGGAAAAAAAGCAUAAUUCCUUUGAAUUGCCAAUUCUGGAAACAGGGUCUCCAUCUGGUACCAUGAAAAGCUGAAAAGUUAGGGCUAUGAGACAGUUUAAGCAAGCAAUGGCAUCCUCCCCUCUAAUCUCACUUUCUUCUUCUGUGUAAAUGCUCCAGGUGUCCUCGGCACGUUCCACACCCACUAGUGAGUGUUGAUCGGGGGCAGAUUGAUUAUGGGAGUGGGGCCAAGGGUCUCAGAUAAGGGCUUGAGAGCUGGGAGAAAAGAGAAAGGAAGAACAGAGGCCACCAGAGGCUAGUGGUGGCAUAUUUAAGAAAGUAUUGUUAAAGGGCUGCUAUUAGGGGCACCUGGGUGGCUCAAUCAGUUAGGCAUCCAAUUUCGGCUCAGGUCAUGAAUUCGUGAAUUCGAGCCCCACACCUGGCUCUGUGCUGACAGCUUGGAGCCUGGAGCCUGCUUCAGAUUCUGUCUGUCUGUCUCUCUGUCUCUCUCUCUCUGCCUCUACCCUGCUCGCAUUCUGUCUCUGUCUGGCAAAAAUAAAUAAACAUUAAAAAAAAUUUUAAAGGACUGCUAGUAAUCCCAUAUAUUUCUUUGACCUUUCUUCAAGAGAGCUUUAAACCUUCUACGUUUGUCAGUUCCUUGUCCUUACAGCUCACCUGAGAGGCCCAUAGACUUAAACCCACCAGCCAAACUCUCUUUCUUUUCCUUUGAAGAACAAAAACAGGAAUUCCCAAAGAGAGUGACACCCUGGACAUUAUCUCAUGUUAGGGCUCUGUUCCCACCCUCCUUUGACCACUUAUACAGCCUGCCCAAGAACCUAGUGCUGAGCAUAAGGGGUGACUGCAGGUAGAGAAGUAGGGUACUUACUUAUUCCAAUAAGACUAUGGGACCAAGUGCUGGAUUAUGGGGUUCAGAUCCAAAGUGUUCUAGGAAAAGAGAGGAUGGUGGCAGGUGUGAGGGAGCUGGGGUCUCAGGGAAGGCCUGGCACAUAAAUAAAUACUUGCUGAUGAGUAUAUGGAUGAGUGAGCAAAUGAACAAAUAAAUAAACAAAGGAUCUGGGCUUUAAAGGAUUUGGAAUAAUAAUAACUUAUGUUCACAGCUGUGAGGGCUUUAUCAGUUUAUUAAGGUCUUCCUUAGUGUUAUCUCAUUUGGGUCCUAUAACAGCCCUGUAGGAAAAGCAGGGCAGAAAUCGUCCUCUCCAUUUUCCAGAUGAUGAGAUUGAGUCCCAGAGUGAUGAGUGACUUUUAUUAAUCCAGCACACAUUUACUGAGUGCUGAUUAUGUACGAGUACUUAUGCUAGAAGCUAGAGAUGCAGAAAUGAAGUACAUUAAGUCCAAGAUGCUUGGUCUAAAGGAGGAGCUGGAAUAGUAAACAGUUUCUAAAUGACACCAGUGCUGUUAGUGUGGUCUGGGGAUAUAGAAGCAGUAGUGCGUGCCUUUAUCAUGCACAACGGAAGGUGAGAUUUCAUUUGGAUCUAUAAGGAUGAAUAGGAGUUUAUUAAGAGUCUUGUAAACAGAAAGAAUACAUGUCUAAAGGGAUAAAGCAAGAAAUAACAUGGCUUAGAGUAAAGUGUAUAAUUUGGUUUAAAAGUGGCACUGGUUGGUAGAGAGAAAGCCUAGAAGAAGAUCAAGUUUAUUUUUUGGUAAGUUGGUUCUUUGGGCUUGAUUUUUAGAGUUGUGGGGAGCCAUGAAAGUUUUUAAAAAUUUUUUUUAAUGUUUAUUUAUUUUUGAGAGAGAGGGAGAGACAGAGCGUGAGCAGGGGAGGGGCAGAGAGAGAGGGAGACACAGAAUCCGAAGCAGGCUCCAGGCUCUGAGCUGUCAGCACAGAGCCUGACACGGGACUCCAACUCACGAACUGUGAGAUUAUGACCUGAGCUGAAGUCGGACGCUCAGCUGACUGAGCCACCCAGGCGCCCCUUUGAAAGUUUUUGAAACAGGGGAAUGAUAGCCCCAUGGUGGGCCUUUCCUGGAAUAUUCAUAUGUUUACUGUUUUGACUUUUUCUUUUCAAAACUCAGCUCAGGAGCUGCCUCCUACAAGAGACUCUUCCUGACCACCAUGCCUCUAGGUUGGGUUAGAUGUUAGAUGUUUCUUGUGGGCUUCCUGGGCCAAGCCUUCCCUCUGUCCUAUCACUUAUCUACUGCCUUGUUACCCUGUGUUUACAUGCUUUUCUACUCUAAUCUGUGGCCACUCAGAGGUUAUAGCACCAUGUCUGAUUCAUAUUUGUAUUCCCCAUACCCAGCACAAGGCUUGACCCAGAGCAACGUGCUCAGUAAAUAUUUGCUGAAAGAAUGAAUGGGAGGAACCGGGUUCCACCCCAGUCCUGAGACAACAUUUGGAGCAGAUGGCUUCUGUGACUGAUGGUAAAGCCGGAGUCAAAGAUGCUUCUGACCAGAAUUUUGACUACAUGUUCAAACUGCUCAUCAUUGGCAACAGCAGUGUUGGCAAAACCUCCUUCCUCUUCCGCUAUGCCGAUGACACCUUUACCCCAGCCUUUGUCAGCACUGUGGGCAUCGACUUCAAGGUGAAGACAGUCUACCGCCAUGAGAAGCGAGUGAAGCUGCAGAUCUGGGACACAGCUGGACAAGAGCGGUACCGGACCAUCACCACAGCCUAUUACCGUGGGGCCAUGGGUUUCAUUCUGAUGUAUGACAUCACCAACGAGGAGUCCUUCAAUGCUGUCCAAGAUUGGGCUACUCAGAUCAAGACCUACUCCUGGGACAAUGCGCAGGUUAUCCUGGUGGGGAACAAAUGUGACAUGGAGGAAGAGAGGGUUGUUCCCACUGAGAAGGGCCGGCUCCUUGCAGAGCAGCUUGGGUUUGACUUCUUUGAAGCCAGUGCCAAGGAGAACAUCAGUGUGAGGCAGGCCUUCGAGCGCCUGGUAGAUGCCAUUUGUGACAAGAUGUCUGAUUCGCUGGACACAGACCCCUCUGUGUUGGGCACCUCCAAGAACACCCGUCUCUCAGACACCCCACCACUGCUGCAGCAGAACUGCUCAUGUUAGGCAAGGCCCACCCUCCCGAUUUCCCCUUCUUGUGACCCCACACCCACUCUGCUUCCCGCAUUACACUCUGUCCACCCCCAGCCCCAAGCAAGCUGAGUUGCUGCUGUUCUUUGCCUGCAGUGGAGGUGGAAGCAUGCCCCUCGAAUUCUCUGCAGAUGGCCUCCCUUGCAGACACCCAGCCCCAAACCAACAACCAGGUCAUGGCAUGGGUUAAGGUUCACUUUACAAAAGAAGACUCAAUCUUACAAAGGGGAUUCACUUCAGGGACGUGGAGAGUGAGUCUCUUUUCUGCCUUUAAAAUAAGAUUUCCUCCUUUGACCAAAAUUUGACACAUGCACACUUUUCAGGCCUAAGUGAGGCCAACCUACACAGCUAAUCCUAUUAAAGAAAACCUCCUCAUACACAACAUGCUUGUUUCAUAUCAGACUCCCUGUGGGGCUUCCUCUCAAAGCCCUAUGCCUAUUACCAUGGAUGCCCACAGGGCCUGGGCAGUUGCUGUGGUGACAGGCCAGAGCUAAUCUCCAGAGAGCUCAGACUCUCUAAUGAUGCUGAAGGAGCAAAGGCUAAGCCAGAAAUACAUUUAAAAGAAAAGAUUAUUCCCUGCAAAAUGUCAAAGGUUCCUGCUAUAUUAAAGAGUAGACGAGUGAGCUCAAGAAAGAGAAAGAGAAAGAAAAGAGAAUCACAGGCAAGAUAAAGGAACAGGUCAUGACUUUCUGAUUUUGCUGCUUUCCAGGUGGUUCUUAACUGUGGGAACUCCAUGAAAUUGGUCUUUGUUUUUUAGACUCCCAGAAUUUGAAAUAUUUAGAGUUACCUGGUCUGACUAGUCAAUUCCAGUCUUCACAUCUCUGAUAAGUGGCUGUCAGACCUCACAACCAAAUCUCUUUCUUCUAAAGCAUACCUUCUAGACAGGGAUGGGAGCUCGUUGUCCGUACCAUCUUUGGGCAACUCUCAUAAUUGAAAUUUUCCUUGCUUUAGGCUGAAAUCUGUGCCCUGGCAAUUCUUCUUCCUCUUUUUACCCCAUUUGUACCAGCUCUGCUGUCAGAGACCUCACAGUCUCUGCCCCUUGACACCCUCAGAUAAUUUGAGAACAGAAAUCAUGACCUCUGCCUUUUCUCCAAGUCAGAUAGUUCUGCUGUUCUUCAUGGUGUCUUCCCUCCAAACUGCCCUUUCCUCCAACCCAUCUUUCAAUCACUGCUGAGUAGUACAACUGGGAAAUGUAAUUUAAGGCAGAAUAAAUCUAGGGGGCAUGACCCUGAAAAAAUUGGGAAAACUGAACUCAGAGGUCCCAAUCCCAAACUCACCCGCCUGGGAGUGAAAUCUUAGUUUCCACUGAAGAGAGGAUGUGAAACCAUUCCUAGGGAAAGCUGCUUAAUUAAAGCUGCUUAAUUAGUCACAUAAUGAGUAAAAGGAAAAACCAAAACCAAAAUCAAAACCACAUGAAAACUUUUGACACCAGAAACAAAUGGAGUGGAUUCUAGCUUGUUUAGACAUGGCACAUGUUUGGUUUUUAGCUGAAAUAAUGACAUGGAACUAGCACUGAUUCUUGAAAAAUCUUUCCUCCCAGCCCUAGCCCGAAUCCCCACUUCCCCCUUCACUAACAUGCCACCUCAGAAGUUGGUGGGGGAAGGGGGGGAGUCUCUCCCAAGUUUUUUGUCCAUUCCAAAUGCAGUUCGUUAUCCUAGGAAAGUACAUUAACUAGCAUAGGUCCAAUGACUGCAUAAGAGGACCCCCCAGAGUCCUCCCCCUGGAGAUGUUGCUUUCUUUGAUGUGAUGCAGAGGAUAGAGCUUUUGGACUUGGACUUGGAAUCAGGACACCUGGACUCUGCCCUUAAAUCAAGUGUGACUCUGGACCAAUCACUCCAUCUCUGAGUCUUGAUUUCCCACCUAUAAAAUGUGGAGGUUAUUUGGGUAAUCUUUAAGGUCUCUUCUAGCACUAAUAAUUCUGUGACUCUUUUUUUCACUUUUAUCAUUUCAGUUGAUCUGCAAAAUGAACCUGAGAGAUGAGGAUUAUCACCCCAAUGUCAUUGUAGCUAACACUGAGGUCAUGCUUACUCUGUACUAAACAUUGUUCCAAGCACUGUACAUAUAUUAACUUCUCAAUAUCUUUGUGAGGGAUGCACUAUAGUCAACCUCAUUUAAAGAUGAGGUUAAGUAAGAUACAAAAAAGUUCUUUAGCUUGCCUAAGGUCACAUAACGAGUAAAUAGUAGAGCUGGGGUUCAAAUCCAGGCAGUAGGUUCUAAGGUCUGUGCUCUUUAUCAUAUUCUAUAUGAUAUUUUUUAUAGAUAAACUAUGACCCAAAAAGGUUAAGACACUUGACCAAGAUGAUACAGCUAGCAAGUAUUAGAGCCCGUUAGGAUUCAAUCCCAAGGCCAUCAGAUUCAGAGUCCACUGGAGAAAAGACUUAUGUCUCUAAUCUGUUAACAAAUUACUCAACUAUUAAGACUAAUCCAAGAUGAUGGAUAUCUAAUGCUUCUGGAAAGGAGUCAGUCUCUGAGGCAAUCAGGUCCCAAGGGCCUGAGCGAAAAUUGUCCAGUGUUUUUCAGGACCAAGUCCCUGUAUCUGUCUCUGUCAGGAAAUUCUUAUCUACCUCUCAAGCAAUGCUUUAAGCAGCCUCCAGCAAUGGGGCAUUUUGCAGGAGUGACUUGAUUAACUUCUUCAACCAUGGACAAAUGUGAUCCCUUUACAGGCAGUGAUUCUUGAUGUGCUUUUUAUACUGCUAAGUCAAUACAGGUCAGGUAUAAUCACUAUUUUUCUGGGCAGUAACACCCAUCUACCCUAGUACUAGGACUUCAAACUGAGCUCCUUGUGACCUUUGGAUAUUUUAGUACAUAUAUCCAACAAUCUUUUCUCUCAUACUGGAUAUCCAGGCAAAUAGUGAAAUUUCUACUUAAAAAUUGUUAAAUUCUUUAAAACUCAGGAGCUAGUUUAAGAGAGCAAUCAUCUUCACAACAGAUAGAAUCAAGAGUUAAAUGUGAUAAUGGCAAACCUACUGGGCAACAGACCAACAGAGCUGCUUGCUAGAUGGCAGUCCCCCAGACCUGCUCUGUGACCUCAUUUCUGCCACAUGGAAGCCAGGAGCUUCCAGCCGAUUACAGUGCAGUGUUUAUCAAUCACAGUAAUAGUGCAAUUAGCCACCAAGGUUCAAGCUGCAUAAUAUGUGUUAGUGGCAACUUGUCCCGGUUUUCAUCUUGCUUAACAAUCCAAAUAAAGGAAGACUAAACAAACAAACAAACAAACAAACAAAAACCUCUUGGCCUCAAAAGAGGCAAAAGUAGGCCAAAUGUGCAAUACAGUAUCAUAGCUAUUUAUAGAAUCUGUUUUAAAUGCAUGUGUAUCUGUAAAUACAAAGUGAUUCGUGACUUAUUGUCUCCUCAGUCUGUAGCAUUAAUUAACUUCUGGGAGCAGCAAUGGGGUAGACUGUACUAAAUGGCCACAGAUUCAAAUAUUAGAUCUGGAAGGAGUUUAGAGAAAAGCUUGUCCAGGCUUCCCAUUUUACAAAGAGGAAGGUUGCAGUCCUGGGAAAAGGAAAUUUCCUAAGGUCACUCUGAGAGUGUAUUAGUGAUAGAGUCAGGACUAGAUCUUGGGUUAUCUCUAGGUAGAAGUUUAUCUAUUCUGUAUCUACUGUGAGUCUGGCACUGUUAAACACUAGAUAAAUAUAUAUGAAAACAUUAUGCCUGCCUACAAGGUACCUAUAGUCUAAUGGAUGUGCUGUUUCUAAAAUAUUAUCCCAAUUUGGUAGUCAAGGAAACAUAGCCUUGGGAAAGUUAACAUGUUUAAGUCACUUGGUAGUGUCAUUUGAAUUCACCUCUGUCUGACUCAUUUUCAUUCAAUUUUUCUCUUCAAGUUGUGUCUCAAGAGUAGUAGUAGUGACCGAUUCCAAUGUCCCAAUUGAGAUUGUUUAACUAUCUCUGAGAAUCCUUUGCUCUCACAAUUACUUUGUGAGUGCAGCCUUGUAAUGUCCACAGAAUGAUAUGAAUAUCCUCCAGACCUGACUUUCCCAUUCACAUCACCUGCCGCUCCAAAGCUCUUUGCUUGGGUGUCAAGUUUUCUAGAGUGUCUUGAGGAAUGUUUGUCUGAUUUUGUUUGCCAAUAGUUUGGGGUAAGAAGGAAUUAGAGUAAUCGGUGUCCUGGAAUCUCACUGAUUUCAGAUUCUGCAUCUCUACUACCCCUGAUUACCUGCCACAGUUGGAGGAUCAGCCUAUGCCUGGGAGUGCAUGCAAGAGACUGGCCCAUGAGACGUGAAUAUUGUUAAGUGAUGUUUUUGAAGGCCUGGAUCCCCAAAACUCAAAUUUAUUCAUUCAUAUUUACUCAUUCAAUAAAUUAGUGUCUAGUAUAUGCCAGAAUAUAAUCAAUGGCAAAUUAAACACAAUCCUUGCCUUCAUGAAGCUUAUAGUCUAGUAGCUUGUGGUUUAGUCUAGACAUUGUAAAAUACCCAGAUAUAAUUACAAAGUGCUCUGAAGGAAAGAUACAUCAUUCUAUGAGAACACAACUGGAAAACUUGAAUCAUAUUUGUGGAGCUGUUUCGGGAAUCCUAGGAAGACUCCACUGACCCCCAAACACCUCCAUUACCCACUGGCCAUUGCUUUACAUUCCUCAAGCUUUCAUCUUUCAGUUCAAACCUUUGAUGAUUGAUCAAACACAAAUCCUCCAAAAGAGUAAUGGUGAGAGAAAGAAUAUCUGUACUUGCAAAAUAUCUUUAGAUGCCUGGUUCAGAGCUAAUUAUUGUCUUCUGAGGGACAUAACAAAUCACUACAAAACUUAGUGACUUGAAACAACAAACAUUUAUUAUUUCUCAUGAUUCCAUGGGUUGGCUGGGUGUUUCUCCCUGCUGAGGUUGGAUGGCCUAGAAUGAAUUCACUCACAUGCCUGGGGUCCCAGCUGACAUGACUAGGGUGGUUGAUGUCUCUGCAUGUGUUUUCAUCUUCCAGAAGGCUGCCCAGGCUUGUUCACAUGGUGGCAGAAGUUUUUCCAGCAGCAUGAGAAGGCAAGCUCCAAUGCAGAAGUACUUUUCAAGCCUCUGUAUCAUGUUCGCUAAUGUCCCACUAAUACAAAUCACGUAUAAGGUGUGGAGAAAGAGAUGCCAUCUCUUGAUAGGAAGAGCUGCAAAAUACUUUGGCUAUUUUUUCAACCCACCAAAGAAAGCAACACUAAGUCUUAUGAAACCAAGUCUGGUAAAUUUCCCUAGGUCUUAAAACCUGCUAUCCCCAAAGAGAAAUGUCAAAAUGGUUUACAGCAGGGCAAUCUCACCAUUUGUUUGGUUGUCCGAAGGGUCUACUCUGGAGGAAUGACAACACAUCUGCAUGGGGUUUUGAAGCAUAUUUCACCGUUCAUUUUAUUACUUCUUAGCUGCUCCCUGGAGGAUGAAUCUGGCUUCUCAUUCUAUGGGAUUAACGGUAAUAAUGGUUGUGAUUCCCAUCUGAGAUUCCUGGCUGGAAGCCCAGCAGAAGGAUUCAUUAUAUGCAUAAAGGAUUAUUCGAAGAACAGUUGAGGGGCACCUGGCUUGCUCAGUUAGUAGAGCAUGCAACUCUUGAUCUCGGGGUUGUAAGUUCAAAACCCAUACUGGGUGUAGAGAUUACAUAAAAACAAAAUCUUAAAAAGAAAUAAUAGUUGAGCCCCCUGCUGUAGCUGUACUAUCUUCCUUGAGGCCCUCAUCUAGUUCUGCAGCUUUAGAUGCCAAGUAUUUGGUAAUGACAUGUGUACAUAAGUGCCCAGUAGACAUCUCCAUAGCUCAAACUUAACAUGUCCACACUGGAACUCUUAAUUCUGCCCCAAAUUUGUUUCAACCCCACUCUUCACAGAAACCUUGAUAUUCUUAAUUCCUUAUUUUUCUUUUUCUUACUGUCCACAGCCAGCAACAAGUCCUAUGAUUUUAUCUCUAAAAUAUAUCUCAAGUCUGCCUACUUUUCUCCAAUUCCAUUACCAUGAUGUUGGUCCAUGCCAUUUCUCCCCUAGAUAGCUACCACAAAGCUUCUAACCAAUUUACCUAGUUGACACAUGCUCCUCUACAGUCCAUCCUCCACACAACACAAAUAUUUUAAAAAUGUAAAUAAAUGAACAGCUCAAAGCAUGGGGGUUUAUUUUAAUACCACACAUAAAAAGAAUCCAGAAACUUCAAUUAUUGUUAAUAAUUAUUUUAAUUUUUUAAAUAUUUAUUUUUGAGAGAGAGAGAGAGAGAGUCAGAAAGAGAGGAAGAUACAGAAUCCAAAGCAGGUUCCAGGCUCUGAGCUGUCAGCACAGAGCCUGACGUGGGGCUUGAACCCACAAACCAUGAGAUCAUGACCUGGCCCAAAGUCAGACGCUUAAUCAACUGAGCCACCCAGGUGCCCCAUUAAUAAUUAUUUUAUCAAUUCUCUUUCUAGUCCUGAAUCUGCCCUAACUUACUGUAGGAUCCCUGGUAAAUCAUUUCUUGUAAUAGCCAGCUAUCACUUCUCCCCAGUAUUUCUUCUGGAAAAGCAGUCUCUUCUUUUGUAGUAAUACUGCUCCUUCAUCCAAACCAGGUGAUUAGUAAAGACUGUCAGUAAAGGGGGCAUGUGAUCAAGCAAGGCCAAGCAGAAUUCUUCCCUAGGAUUUAAAAAGAAAUAAUUGGAGCUAUUUUAUUCCAAAUAUUCCAAUAUUUUUUUUCUGACAAAUAUUAUGAAGAUGUUUGCUCUAAAACUAUAAUGACCGAUCCUUAACCCAUGUGUAGAGUGCUGGUCUGUGGCAGGAGAAAAUGAGGCCAUCAUGCAGACAGAACCAUAGGCAUGAGAUGAGAAAGUGUGUCCUGGGGCCUUCCCAGCUGUGCUUCUGGCUUCUUGAGGUUUGGCAGGUCACAUCUUCCUUUGAUUCUAUUAGACAAUUCAGUAUGUGUUUCUAAUAAAGCCCCCAUUUAGUUUUGCUCAUUGGAGUUAGGUUCUUAACAACCAAAAAUACAUUGUCCUCUCUUUGG